AUGCUUGCCACCGCCACGUUUUUGUUUCUUCACCCGUUAUUCCGCAUCAAAACCUUAAUCGCCAAAAUUCACCGGACCUGUCUCCGAUUCAAUACGCCGAUUAAACAUCAAGUAAACCCCUUACCCGAACUGGAAAAAGAAGAAGAGCUGGAUUCUGAUGAUGAACAUAAUCAAUCGGUCAGAAUCGCCGAGGAAAGGAAUAGAGCUGCGCAUUAUAGGCGAAGAGCAGAAGCACUUCGCGAAAGGCUACGAAGGGGCGAGGAGAUACCACUUGACGAUAUCACUGGCCCAUACGUAAUGUUCUCAUCCGAUUACCUCAGAUUCUACGUCGAGGACAUGCUCCCCAGACAUUCCUUCGGUGCAUUCGAUAAUUGGGAUGUUGGAACCAUCGAGAUCCGCCCAGGAGCCCUGAGGCCCUUCGAUGGAAAUCGCAGCAAUGCCCUUGGAAUACAGUGUUACCUUAUGGAUCAGCCAAAUGAAGGGCUUUGGAUAAAAUUGGACGAAAUUCCAGAUUUUGCGGACACACAUGCUUUCCAUGUCGACACUAUUGGAGGAGAUGGUGAAUUAAAUCACGCCUACAUUACAUUUCUGGGGGAGGGUGUCAUUGAGUUGCGCCUCGAAGGUCGAGCGCUAGAUGCCGAGCAUGUAUAUACAGCUGAUCGGUCACAAUGGGGACGGCCGAAGGCACCUCAGGAGGUGCGCUACAUUGGGGUGCAAGACGAAGACGAAGUGAUUCCGGAAAACGUAUACGAUUCAGAGGAAUGGGACAUGGACGCAGAGGAUGGCUCAGAGGAUGGCUCAGAGGAUGAUUAG